GGGCUUCGCCAUUUCUGCAGGCCCAACCCAGCCGAACAUCCAUUUCAAUGGCGCAGGCCGCAGCAGCUACAAACGCCUGCGGAGUGGCGGCGAGGUCAAUCGACGAUCGUCGCUGCCGAUCUGCCACCUUCAUUCCGCCAUCCAUCCCAACCCACACACUCAAUCACGGCGGCUGUUGAGUGUAGCCUCAAAGGUAAUUUCAAUAAUUUUUGUUUUGAAGUUAAAAAAGGUUGUGUUGUAGUAGUAUUGCUCUUGUACCGAGCUUUUGGCCAUGUUGAUAUUGGUUCAUGUGAUUGAAAUCUCUGCCAUGAAGUGCUAUAAUGUUCAAUUGUAUUUAUUGUUGUUGAUUAAACGGAUCAAAAAUAUGAACAAAGGUUUAAACUUUGAACAAGUUCAUUUUGGAAGAGCUUUGCUCAUUUCAAAGGCUUGACAUCCCAAGAUUCCCAACCCAAGAUGCUCUCUAAAUUGCAGAGGGUUAUGGUCUUUUCUGUUCCUAACCCUAAUCCCAUUGCUUUGCACCGUUACCUUCUACUUAGCUCCCAAUGCACCAAGACUGAGUCAACCCAAGUCACAGAGUCCACUCAGGAAGAAGAAGAUGAUUUUGUUUUGCCUUCUCUUGCUCAUUGGAUCGAAUCUCCGAGUCAGAGGCUUGUUGAACUUGAACCCCGCCGUAAACAACUUCAACAAUCUCUCUACGAGACUACUGAGCCGGAGAUGAGUAAGGUGAGCACGAUUCUCCAUAAAAGGUUCUCUUCGCCUGAAGAAGUAUCUCAAGCUCUUAACGAGCGUGGUUUAGCUUUAUCAGAUAGUUUAGUCCAACAGUUCUUAAUGCGAUUUAGCAAUGAGUGGGUCUUGGCUUUCGAUUUUUUCAUUUGGGCGCAAACACAAAAAGAUUAUGAGCAUUCUCCAGAAUCGUAUAACUUAAUGGUUGAUAUCUUGGGGAAAGCGAGGAAGUUUCAGCUUCUGUGGGAUUUGAUUGAGGAAAUGAACUCUUUGGAUGGGUACGUUUCCUCGGUUACAAUGACAAAGGUUGUUAGAAGGCUUGUAGGAGCUCACUUGUAUAAAGAAGGCAUUGAUGUUUUCAGGGGAAUUGAGAGAUUUGGCAUAAACAAGGACAUCACAGGACUGAACAUUCUUAUGGAAGCAUUGGUUAAGGAAAAUGGUAUUGAGCAUGCCCAGGAAGUUUUCUUGGAGUAUAAGGAUUCAAUACCUGUGAAUACACACAGUUUCAACCUUUUAAUACUAGGGUGGUGCAAGGUUAGGAAGUUUGGUAUUGCUAGGAAGACUAUGGAGGAAAUGGAGAAACAUGGGUGCCAACCCAAUGCUUUUUCUUAUACUUGGUUCAUCAAAUUUUACUGUCACCACAAGGAUUUUCGAAAUGUCGAAGCCAUUCUAGAUGAAAUGAAGGUCAAAGGUUGCUCCCCAACUGUUGUUACGUACACCAUAGUAAUGAAUGCUUUAGGGAAGGCAAACCAGAUAAAUGAAGCUUUGGAGGUUUAUGAGAAAAUGAAGGAGAAUGGUUGUGUUCCUAGCACUUGCUUUUUCAACUCUUUGAUUUUCAUUCUUGGCAAAGCGGGAAUGUUGAAAGAUGUCGAAGAGGUGUUUAAUGAUAUGCCAAAGAAAGGAGCUACCCCAGAUGUAAUAACCUACAGUACUUUGAUUUCAUGUUAUUGUGACCAUUCCCAAGAGGAGAAAGCCUUGAAGUUGCUUAAGAAAAUGGAAGAUAGAUGUUGCAAACCAGAGCUCAAAACAUACAUUGCCUUGUUAAAGAUGUGCUGCAAGAAAAAGAGGAUGAAAUUGCUUUACUGUCUUUUAAACCACAUGUACAACAACAAUGUAAGUAUUGACGUUCCAGCUUAUGGUCUUUUGAUUAGCGGGCUUAUAAAGAGUGAGAGAAUUGAGCAUGCUUGCUUUUUCUUCAAGGAAAUGGUUUCAAAGGAAUUGAUUCCCCUGGCGAGCACAUAUGAUACAUUGACAAAUGAACUUGAGGCCAUGAAUAUGGUUGAGGAAAAAGAAAAGAUUGUUGAGUUGAUGAUGAAGGCAAAAAAAACAUUAACAAUUUCUUAAUUUUUGUACUUAAUUUUUACUCUCUUAUUCAUCUGUUGUGUUUACCAAAAAGUGUGCUUGCUGACAGGCAGCUGAACAUGUUGUUGGCCCAGUUUGCUUGAGUGGACCACAUGAUGCUUACCAAACCUAUACACAAAUUCAUAGAACUGUUGUGUUGUGAUUGGCUUUUAUCAGUAUUUAAUUUAAUGAAACAUAAUUAUAUUGCAUUA